UGGUUUCAGACGAAAUUCCAAAUUUGUCGUCGUCGCCCGAAUGCCGAUCCUUUGUGAGGCGUCGGCCCGGCCUGACGCGCACUACCAAUUCCUGGCUGGCGGAUUGUCGGGCUUCCUGGAGAUCGUCUGCUUCCAUCCCCUCGAUGUGGUGAAGGCCCGGAUGCAGAUACAGGGCACUACUCCGGUUCGUGGCGAGGUCAUCUACCGGGGACCUCUGGACGCCAUCGCCAAGAUCUAUCGCCACGAGGGGCUGACUUCCUUUUGGAAGGGCAUUGUGCCACCGAUUUGUGUGGAAACUCCAAAGAGAGGUGCCAAGUUCCUGAUGUACGAACUGUUAAAGCCGUACUUCUACUUCGGGGCCCCUCAAGCCACUCCACUGACCCACGCCAUGGCCGGCUCACUGGCCGGAACCCUGGAGUCCUUCAUCGUGAAUCCUUUCGAGGUGGUCAAGGUCACGCAGCAGGCUAAUCGCGAAAAACCCCUGAAAACCUUGUCGGUGGUCAAGUACAUUAUCAAGCACGAUGGAUAUGGCAUCGAGGGACUAUAUCGUGGUAUCACGGCGCUUGUCGCACGAAAUGCUGUCUUCCAUUUUGGCUUCUUUGGCUUUUACAACGCUAUCAAGGACUGGGUUCCCAUCUCGCAGGACUCUGCCUCAGAACUCCUGCGAAAGGUCUCAAUUGCUGGCUUCGCCAGCUCACUCGCUUGCGUGAUGACCGUCACUUUGGAUAUGGCCAAGUGUCGGAUUCAAGGACCCCAGCCGGUGAAGGGCGAGGUCAAGUACCGGUGGACCAUCGAUACGAUAAGGACGACUUUCAGGGAGGAGGGUGCCCGAGCUCUGUUCAGGGGUCUCGGGCCAAUGGUAAUGAAGUCCGGUCCGGGUGGGGCUUUGCUGCUGGUGUCUUAUGAGUAUUUAUAUGAUUUCUUCAAAACUAAAAAUUUUUAA